UCACCGAUACGAUAUUUGAUCCGGUGUGUCUACGAUCCAUAUCAGAGUAACCGGAGUAGGCUAGAACCAAACAUUAGGGCCUGGAUGAAGGAAAGAGGAAGGUUCUUGUGAGUUUGCAGGUGUCUCUCCUUUGACACUUGGCGCGCGAAAAGGACAGCGCAUGCUGGGUUUGUUAUGAUGAUUCCACUACUGAGCUACUGAGCUGAGGCUGCCGAGCAGCACCUGCUGCCCUCUUAAGGAGUUUCGGGAAGACAUUUGGUGUGCAGUUGGCCGUGUAGGAUGCGCACCUAAACGUGGCUUUGACUUAAAUAUCAGAGUGGAAGUGAGAAGUGAACAUCACCACAGGAAGCUGAAGGCAACAUGGACCCGGAUGUUGGUUAGAUGAUUAUCUCGCAGUGGAGGUUUGUCAUUUGUGGUCAGGAAGUUCAAAUGCACUCCUGCAUUUCAGCAAAAAAACGCACAUUGCAAAGCACAUCCGUUCAGGCUGAAGAGCACGGUGGUUCCUGACAGAUAAUCUUAAUGUUUAAGGGCAGUUUUGACGGUACAGUGACUAAUAGUGCUGCAGUAAGUGUUGAAAUAGCUUAUUUUUUCACCUCCAAAGCCUGGAUGUUGCUACUGUGGCGUUCAGCGGAUAUCAGAAUGAACGCCCCUGUCACCACCCACGAGUGAAACUGAACUGAACUGACGCCAAGAGUCAAGAUGGAGGAGGAAGCGAAUGGUCUUCUUUAUGCUGGGUUUCAGAGCGUCAUCCCCAGUAUUUUGGAUGAAGGGAGUUCCAUAGACCUGUGUGGGGACAGAAGCCUUCAUUCUGGGAUGGGACCCAUGCCCUGUGACGAGCCCGAGUCUUUCGCCGCUUACCCCAUCACCCAUCCCGCUGUGCCGCUCUCCUUCGCCACGGUCCAAUGGGAAGUGCCCACCACCCCCACGGACCUCCCCUCGCCAAUGACGGACAGCAGCUCUGUGGACGAGCUGAGCUGCAGUGAUGGAGUCAGUCCAGACUGGGUGGUUAACCCUCUUUCUAUGGUCCCAUCAACACCCACAGACUCUGUGUCGACUGACAACAUGCUGCCAGUGCCUGAUGGUAAUGAGGUCAAGUUACCAAAGUCGGUGACGUUGUCAGAGCAGCGCACUGAUUCCGACCAACAGGCCAGUGAUUCUGUGGAGGCGGAUCUGAUGAUAUCUCUGAUGGUGACAGGUGAUAAGGAAGACCUGUCUCUGUCUGCUGAUGGAGAGAUAAGUCAGCCUGAAGAGCCCACAGUGGAGGAGAUGGCCCCAGCAGAGGCAGAGGCGAGCACUGAGACAUCCGACAUCCCAGAAAGCAGCAGUGGUCAUCCAGAGACUCCUGGAAAAGAGGAGGAGAAGAAGGAGGAGGAGGUGGAGGAGCACCAGCCCCUCCCAGUGACCAUAACAGACACGGAGCAGGAGGAGCAGGAGCUGAGCUGCUGCACAGAUGGAGGAAGUGAUGGCGAGACACUGGAGGUGGUGGAUGAGAAGGAGACCAUGUGGAGUGACUUGGCUAAAGAUGAAGAAUGUGUGUGGUGGACAAACAGCAGUUUGUGCUAUGAUGACAAGGACACAGUAGGGGAGCCGACUGCAGUGACCCAGCAGAGCACAGACUCAGAGGAAAUACCACUGUCAGGGGAAGACGAACGGUGUGACCCUGACGAGGACCCCACGUCUGCGGACCAGAUGACGCUGCCUGAGCCCACCGAGGCCCAGGACUGCCUCCAGCCCCCAGGAAGCGACUCAGACGGCGGGGAGGAUUCGUCACAGCCACACGGUGACCACGUGGAGCAAGAGGAACGUCCAGAGACAGGAGAGGAGCCCCAGCCGGAGAGCUUCAGCGACCCAGGGGAGACCUCAGCAUGUGAGGAGGGGUCAGAAGGGUCGAACGAGGGGGAGAUGUCAGAGGUCACUCAGCUGAUGCAUGAAGCCGCAUCGUCUGCACCAACUGAGGAGGUGACUGAGGAGCCAUUAGGGGAUACUACAGAAGCUGAAAGGACUGAGACCAGUCAGACCUCUGAAUGUGUAAAAGGUGGAGACCUGGAGGAAACAGAUCAGUGUUUAGAAAAGACAGAGGCGCUGAAGUGUUUGGUUGACGAGCCAAAGGUGGAGAACUUGGAAGCUGAGGAGCAGCAACAGCAGCAACAAGCCUCUUUAGAUUCCGAGGAGACAGAACCGUCUCUGUGUACAAUGGAAUCAGAACCCUCAGAGACAGAACAAGCGACACCACAGGCGGAACACACGGACAAGACAUUGAAAGGUGGACUCUCCGAUAAGACACAGCAUCCUGAGGAGGCUGAUAUGGAGGACUCUGAUAUGACCAAAUUGAUAGAACAGCCAGAUGAGCCUCAGGGGGUAGAGUCAGCUGAGACAAGUCAAGCUGAAGAGUCAGCUGAGACAAACCCCACAGAACAGACAACACAGACUGAAACUAAAGAGUCAACUGAGAGCGAAAUAACAGAUGAAUCGGAACAGGCUCCAAUGGAUCAGUCAGGAGAAGCUGUUCAAACAGACAACUGUCCGGAACAAUCCGAAACCAAACAACUAGAGGAGGAGCACCUCGAGACAACAGAGGCGUCACAACAGACUGAAGGAACAGAGCAGCCUGAAUGUGCUCAAUCUAGCGCACACAAACAGACACCGACAGAGCAGCCUGCGAGUGUGACGGAGGGAGAGGACUCAUUAGAGAGGCAUAUGGAGGAGACGACGGAGCAGUUGGAGGGACAGAUGCAGGAGACAGGGGAUUCGGAGGAGGAGGAGGAGGAGAAGGAGGAGGCAGUGGCGGCAGAGCCGUACAUGAACGGAGGGGCGGUAGACAGAGAUGAGGCGCGCAGGCUGGCGGAGAAGCUCUUCAGGCUGGAGGGCAUUCACCGCACAGAUGUGGUCCGACAUCUGGACAAAGAUAAUGAUUUCAGCCGUGCUGUUGGAGAGGAGUAUCUGAAGUUCUUUGACUUCACGGGUCAAACUCUGGACCAGGCUUUGAGGUCUUUCCUGAAAGUGGUGGUGCUGAUCGGUGAGACGCAGGAGCGGGAAAGGGUUCUACAGCGUUUCUCCAGCCGCCUCCAGGAGUGUAAUCCACACGCCUUCCCCUCGGCAGGUGCAGUUCUGACUCUCACCUGUGCUAUGAUGCUUCUGAACAGUGAUCUUCAUGGACAGAAUGUGGGUAAAGCCAUGUCACAGUCCAACUUUGUGUCCAAUCUGGAUGGGAUGAACGACGGGGAAAACUUCAAUAAAGAUGUGCUAAAGGGCCUGUACAACUCUAUCAAGAAUGAGCCUUUGGAGUGGGCAGUAGAUGAGAAAGAGCUGCAGAGCUCCAUGAUGUUACCGGAGGAUGCGGCUACUGACCCAGCGAUGCGCUCCAAAGGCAACCCCUUCCUGAGUGUCCCCCAUGACAAGAAGGCCACCGUCUUCCACAAGGGCUUCCUCAAACGCAAGGCUCACGCCGACAUCGACGGCAAACGCACCCCUUGGGGAAAGAGAAGCUGGAAGACCUUCUAUGCUGUGCUGAAGGGGAUGGUCCUGUAUUUACAGAAGGAUGACUACAGUUCAGACUGGCACAGCUCAGAGGAGGUGGUCAGCGUGCACCACGCACUGGCGGAGCGAGCCGUGGACUACACUAAGCGGCCGUAUGUCUUUCGGCUGCAGACGGCCGACUGGAGAGUUUUCCUGUUUGAAGCUGCUUCCACAGAGCAGCUGAGCUCCUGGAUUGGUAGGAUAAACCUGGUGUCGGCCCUGUACUCCUCCCCUCCGUUCCCGGCAGCGGUGGGCUCUCAGCGGAAGUUCUCCCGACCCAUUCUACCCGCAUCACAGUCCUCUCUUCCCCUGGACAAGCAGCUGCAGUCCCAUGCUUCCAUGCUGCAGUCCUUCCAGGAGGACCUGGCCGCGCUGCAGCAGAGCCUGUCCGAGGGACGCAAGCCCAAAGCCAGGGAGCUGGAGGAGUACAAGGUCAAAGAGGAGUACCUCCAGCAUGAGAGAUGCCGGUAUGAGGUGUACGUUCAGAUGCUGGAGGCCUGGGGCAGCCUGAAGCGCACCUCCAAGUCCGAGGUCACUGCUGACGACCUGGGCCUGUUUGACCGCCAGGUGUGCAAGGACGCCCAGGAGGAGGAGGAGGACGAGGCGGACGGCGGGAUGAAGAGGUCCCACUCAAGCCCCUCGCUGGAGCUAGAGACGGCACCGCCACCCAUCAUCAAGGUCCGGCGCAACAUCUCGGAGAGGCGCACCUACCGCAAGAUCAUCAUCCCACGACGGAACCGUGAGCUCUAAUGACAGCGGAGACAGGAAGUGAGACUGCAUGUUCCAGUUUCGAACGUUUUUUUUCAUUUCACUGCUGCGAGUUUAAACCACAGACUGUACAAAUGAAGAUUUAAACCUGUAACGUGUUGCUAACUGUACUGUGAGCUCAUCUGCUGUUUGAGCAAACAGGAACAUGACUUCAUGGCCAGUCUCGGAACACCCGGGGCAGGAGCCGACGCAGGAAACCACUGGGGGGGGAAAGACACGCUUACCAAAACCACAGCACUGAGCCGCCACAUGCACAUGAGUAUGUGGAGGACCGUACAUAAACAUGCAGAGUAUGUGGUGCGCAGCACACCCACGCCAUGCAGUGGGGGUGUGUAAGGCUGGAAACUGUGCAUCGCAGUGACUAUGUUAAGGAGGUAUGUGCCAGAAGUCUGUACGUCUAAUGGAAGGUGUAUCGGGCACCCCUCUCACAAGGGUUGUCAAUGCCAAAAUGUCUAUUUACACUCAGGGAAAUGUUAUUCAAGGUCAAUAUUGUUUUACUCAUUUCAAAGAUUUUUUUUGAUGAGCACUUUUCCUACAUGGUUAUUCCAAACAGUGUUUUGUGCAUUUUAUGCAUUUGUGUUCAUAGACAUCUUGAUGUUUGUAAUGUUCUUCAAAAUAUAUGAUGGACCUCACCCUGACAGCCCUUAUUAUUUAUUUGCUUUGAAAAAGAGGUUGUGUAAAGUCUAAAAUAUGUUGUGUAUAUUUGCAAUAAACUAUUCAUUUGUG